AUGCUUCUUUCCUUCCAAAGCCUCGUCCUUUUGACUGUUUUUGCACAGGCUUCGCUAGCCUGCCCAUCCCCUACUAACAGCAAAUCCACUGCGCAAUGUUCCCAACCUCGCAUCAGAAAAGAGUGCUCUUCUGAGCAGACAGAUUACAUCGACGCUAUACAAUGCCUCAAGACUGCUCCAUCGAAGGGUACAAGCAUCUUUGAUACCCUUGAGAGUCGCUACGAUGAUUUUGUGGCAUUGCACAUCAACACCACUCGAGGUGGCCAGAAAGCGCCGUCGCUUAUCAACCAGCCUUCAAACAACGGAAAUCAAUCUCAUGUUACGGUCUACGGUGUCCAUGACGUUGGGGUCUUUCUUCCAUGGCACUGCUAUGCCAUCUGGACUUUUGAGUCUGUCCUGCGCGAGGAGUGUAAUUACAUCGCUGCACAGCCUUACUGGGACUGGACCCUCGAUAAUCCAGCAUCUAACGGAUCACUGUUCAAAUCUCCUGUCUUGUGA